AUGGACUCCGAAGCGUUUGGCUGGCGGAGGCCGUGGGAGGAGUACCGCGGCGGCGGCGGGCGCCCGUCCCGGGCCGCCUGCGACGCUGGCGGGGCCGCCAACUCCUUGCGGGCCGAGCUGGCCUUCCUGCAGAAGCUUCUCGGGGAAGAGCGCUCUGAGCUGGCUGCAGAAGCCGAGGUGGCCGCGGCGACCCGGGCGGCGGUGGCGGAGGGUAGCCCGGCGGGCGGGACCUCCAAGCCGGACCUCUCCGCGGCGCUGCGCGAGAUCCGUGCCCAGUACGAGAGCCUGGCGGCCAAGAACAUGCAGGCGGCCGAGGAGUGGUACCGCUCCAAAUUCGCCUCGGUGGCCGAGCUGGCCAGCCGCAACCAGGAGGCGGUGCGCAGCAUCCGUCUGGAGACCGGCGAGUACCGGCGACAGCUGCAGUCGCGCUCGGCGGAGAUCGAGGCCCUCCGCGGCGCCAUCGACUCGCUGCACAAACAGCUGGAGAGCCUCGAGGGACAACAGAGCGCCGAAGUGGCCCGUUGCCAGGGGAGAGUGGCAGAGUUGGAGCAAGAGAUCUCAGAGGCCAAGGAGGAGAUGUCGCGAUACAUGCGAGAGUACCAGGAGUUGCUGAAUGUCAAGAUGGCCUUGGAUGUAGAGAUUGCAGCAUACAGGAAACUGCUGGAGGGAGAGGAGGUGUGGUGGAGUUCUGCCUGGCAGCCCACCUUGAAGUAAUCCUGUUUGCAGCAACAGCAUCUCUGAUUCAUCUCCAUUGGGACACCCAUUUCUUCCCCACCCCUGCCCGUUUUCCACCCCCUCCCUUAGUGAAGGAUGGAUGCUCUCCCUUGCCUUGAAGGCAGGUGGGCAGAAGUCUAGGAAGACGUGUGAACCUCCCCCUUGCUCCCUCACCCCAAAACAGAAACCUUCCUCCAGGGCUGAGGGAUGGUCUUAGGAACAGUCUCUCCAGUCAAGGCCUAAAACCAAGCUGGACGUAUACAAGUGGUGCCCCGCAUAGCGAAGUUAAUCCGUUCCGGAUUAACCGUCCCUAUGGCGAAUCGCUGUACGGGAAGUAAAAACCCAUUGGACCGCAUUAAACUUUGUUUAAUGCGUUCCAAUAGACUCCAAACUUACCGUUCAGCGAAG